AUGCCCGUGGCGUCAGAGGCCGUGUACUACAUAUCAGUAACGAAAGAUGUACUCUCGCAGCUGGAUUCGCUUCUCCAGCAGCUCCAUGACUUUAACAGCUCUAAUCGGAAGGGGAGUAGCGACGUGAUUGAGAAGAAGAUUAAUCGAGUCUUGCAUGAACGGCUACCUAAACUGCUUCAGCAGUUGUGGCAGGAGAUUUGUAUGUCUGUAGAAGCUUCUUCUUCAGCGGACGGUGCAGUUUCCCCUCCCCAGGGUUGUAAACGGAAUGAGGUAGCAGAACACUGCUUUGAGUUGUCCUUCCUCAGGUCUGUGUAUCGGUUCAUCAUGGCCACGCUCUCCAGCGACGCGCCGUUGGACGGUAGCGGCAUCGCCACCAUGAGACACCGCCGUAUUUCGCAACUUUUGAAGGUGUGUGAGAGUACUCGAUCGGCCUCAGAGCUGCAGCAGUUGAGAGGUUGGCUGGACUGCUUCGUCGAGCAAUUGCUCCUCACAGGCAUGAAUCUUGACAAGGGGGCGGGUUCGGAUCUUGCCCGGCUAGAGGAGACCAUCGCUCAGAGCAAAGGUGCCUUGCGCGAUUCCAACCCCAGUCCGAAUCGUGACUACCGACGACUGAGCUUGGUUACGGGAAGCAUCGAGUUGGACAUGGAUGCAUUCGACGAAGAGAAGAUACGCCAAGAGCACCUCAAGCUCUUGAGGGCGGCGUGCAUCAGCGUCGCCGAUAAGCUUAUCGUCUGUGUGAAACAGAAGGAUGCGGUAUCAAUGUCACCAACGCGGAUGCAUGCCGGCAUGAAGACCCUCACGAGCAGCAGUACUGAUGUGCUGACGAACGGUGGCGGUGGCGGUGCGGUGGUGCUGAACGGUGAAGGCCGCUUGACGGCAGGUGACGAGCGGUGGGUCUUCUUCCGCGUGCGCCCUAACGACACACCACCUCUCAGCGUUGACGAAGUCGCGUCUCAGGUGCGUGCAUUCUACGAGGUGUACAACGUCACCAAGGCCGCCAUGGCGCCGGUGCUCGCUGACCGCUACGGUGGGGACUACGCCGACCUCUUCGACGCCCUCGAGUAUCGUUACUGCUUCACAAUGCCGACGCGAAAAGUGGCAGUUUCCGCUUCCCCGGUGGGUACAGCAGCCGAAGGAAAUAUGGAUAUUGGGACAUGGAAGGCCGGAUCAAAGGAGGUGUUAGAGUCGCAGUUUGAGAACGGUGACCGUUCCUCUGGCUGUUUGGUUAUGUGA